AUGGCGUCCUCGACUUUACGUCAAGGACAACAUUACCUGGAAUGCGAUAUUUGUAAAAGUCCUGUCCAAUUCACAUGCAAAAGAUGUGCUGUCAAGUUAUGCAGCACAUGUGUAGGACCACAUUUGCUAUUAAAAUCAGUAAAUGGUCAUGAAGUUACAAAAUAUAGCGAACAAAACAAAUCCGAGGACGAAGAAUGCCUGACACAUCCCCUGCAACAGUUUAGUGCUUUCUGCAGAACGUGUGACAUUCCUGUCUGUGUCUUAUGCGUUUCCAUCAAGCACAAGACACAUAAUAUUUGUGAAAUAUCCGAGAAAGUUGACUUAUUAUCCGAUUUCAUCACGACAGAAAAUGAACGGCUACAGUCAAUGCGAUCAGAAUUGGAAACAAUCCUCGAUCACAUAAGUAAAAGAUCUGCAGCACUUAUACAUGUAUACAAAGAGAUAAAAAACAAAAUUUCAUCCCAUGCCAAGCAGUGGCAUCAGGAAAUUGAUAAAACAGAGAACGCACUGCACAAAGACCUAGAUGAAUUGCAGGAAAAACACGCUGAAAUAUUAUUGAAGCAGAAAAAAGAAUUUGAAAAAGUACUAAAGAAAUUGAAAAACCUAAAACAAAGAGUCUUCAUCUUGACAAAAUCUAAAGACGUCUCUGGUUUAAUGGAACUUAAGCUUGAACUUGAAAAUCAAAAGAUGCCAACCUUCAUAGAAGAAACCCGGCCGGCAUUCUUCCAACCUUUCAAGUUUGACGAAAGUUAUACAACAUCGUAUUUCGGGUACGUGGAGACAAUAGAAUCACACAAACUUCCUAUCAAUGAUCUGACACAACAAGACCAAAUCUCUUCAUCACGACAAGCUUUAGAUGUACCUAUAGUUCUGUCCGCCUUUGUUACAGAGUUUUCAGCUGACGAGGAAACCAACCGGUUGUAUGACAUGGUUUCCCUCAGUGAUGACAAAGUUUGGAUAGGAGGGGCAGGUGAGGAGCUCAAGUUGUUUGAUCUCCAGGGACGUCUCCACGACACUGUCACCAUUGCAGAUGCCAGUAUGUACCUGACACUUCAUGAUGGAGAUCUUGUGUAUACCGAUCCAAUUGACGAGACCGUGAAGAAAGUAAUAAACGGUGAAAUAGAAACGUUAUUCUUUAUCGGUGAGUGGAGUCCUCGCGGUAUCACCUGCACUGCGGCACGCGACUUCCUGGUGUGUCUUCGAUCGGCAGAUGAAACAGAGUCCAAGGUUGUAAGAUACAGCAGUUCCGGUGACGUGCUGCAGGAAAUCCAGUAUGACUCCGAGUACCAGCCUCUGUUUGGAAAAACACAUUACGUGGUGGAAAAUGGCAACAGCGACAUUUGUGUAGCUGACUGGGAUAAAGAUGCCAUCACAGUCGUUGACAAGUUUGGAAUAUUCAGGUUCUCCUACACAGGGAACAAAGCAUCCCAAGAGGAAUUCAAACCUGGCUCCCUUACCACAGACAGCAUGCAUCACAUCAUCAUUAUGGACGAUAAAAACAAGAUUCACAUGUUGGACAGAGACGGUCGAUUCCUGAGUUACAUCAUUCCUGAUCAGGGGAUAAAGAGACCACGAGCUGUGUGCAUCGUUAGGGAGGGGGAGUUAAUGGUGGGGGAGUGUAUAACAGGAGUGGUCAAGAGAAUCAAGUACUUACACGAAGGAGGAAAUUUGAAGACAAGAUAUCUACUACACGUGUGA